CAUUAAAAUUCAUUCAUUCAUUCAAUUGAAUUUAGAAACAGAAAAACAUGAGCCAAAAUGUAAUCCCGCUCUGAUGGCGUUUCAAUUUUAGGGUAGUGGGUGGGAAAGAGGGUCCAGAGUCGAGACAUUUAUAAUUUCGAAUGGACCUGUGCACGUGGAUUGAAACGCUUUUCAUUGCACAUUGAAUUCGUGCGCGGGGAGAAGUUAAUCCUCCUCGUUUAGCUGCUUCUCAUGCUCUCUUAUGUUCUCCUAAUGUCUGUAGACUAACGCCCCUCGUACAACAAGUAUUUUCAUCAAAGGAAACAAAUUUUCCAAGGGCCCGCUGACCCAAGCAUUUGGUUAAACUUACAAUGCAUUCAUUCCUUUCAACAUUUACUCAAAUUCAAAACGGAGGCCGCCAUAACAGCACCUCCGUUGCAGUGAAGAAAGAGAAUCCCUUUAAGAGUAGUUAUAUUAUUAGCCUCGCCUUUGUGAUUUGCUCAUAGGGUUUGGUUUAUUUGGGUUGUUUUCUGUAGAUUGAGAUCGUUUCGCUGAGGGGCUAAUUAUGAUAUGCGAGUUGGAAAGGCUGCAGACUGCCAAGUGCCAACAGACCACUAAAAGCUAGUGGUGAGUGGUGAGUGCCAUUACAGUUGGCUUCUGUCAGGACCUGAAGUUCGCCUCAUUAAUUUAAUCCAUCUUUUGCUUUUCUCAGCUUGGGAUCGCUGAUUUUAUAGGCAUUAACUGUUUUCUCUUCUGUAAGCUUGAGUAGCCCAGGCCAUUAAAUCCAGAGAUAGAGAGUCAAAAUCAAGGCAAACCCAGAGCACCUCUGUGGGAAUCUGCAUAGGAGAACUGUCGAAUAGUCUUUUUAAGAUCCUCCAUAGUAGCACCUUCCAUUUACUAUCAAAGUGUUCUAUCAAUUGAGUUCUUUUGAGCAAUCUAUUGUCAAUUCAAGUGUGACUUAUUUCCAACAACUCGAAACGAAUUGUUGAUUUCCCCAACAUGACAGCCUUGCCCUCACCAGGAACUGCACUUUCUUCCUCCACUUCUCCUUAUCUGUAUAUGCAACUCACUCCGGGCAUGAAUAAUUCAUCGUCUCCUCUUGCAAACUCCACCAGCAACAACAACCAGAACAAAAGAAAACGCCGCCCUGCGGGCACUCCUGAUCCCGAUGCAGAGGUGGUGGCAUUGUCGCCCAAGACGUUAAUGGAAUCCGAUAGAUAUGUAUGUGAGAUAUGCAACCAGGGGUUCCAGAGAGAUCAGAAUCUGCAGAUGCACAGGCGCAGGCACAAAGUGCCAUGGAAGCUCUUAAAAAGACCCACCCCGGAAAUUCGCAAACGGGUAUAUGUUUGUCCAGACCCAACUUGCCUGCACAAUGAUCCAUGCCAUGCUCUUGGAGAUCUGGUUGGCAUCAAGAAACACUUCAGGAGGAAACACAGCAUCGAGAAGCAAUGGAAGUGUGAGAAGUGUUCCAAGGGAUAUGCUGUUCAAUCCGAUUACAAAGCCCACCUCAAGACCUGUGGUACCAGAGGCCAUUCCUGUGACUGUGGCAGAGUUUUCUCCAGGGUGGAGAGCUUCAUAGAACACCACGAUGAUUGCAUUGCAGUGAAAGAAAGAGCGAUUUUUGGGUACAACGAUCCGUCAAGACAGCCCUGUAUAACAGUGGCAACUAGCAGCUCAAACGAAAUUCUUUCUGGUAUUUCAAUGGCGGAUAGAUCGUUGAAUAUGGAGCAGAGAGAGCUUCAAUUUCUUCCCACCAAGCACCAAUCAGACGUUUCAGAAACAACAGUGACUGUGGCAGGGGAUAACAAUGGAGGCUUUUCUGUAACAUCCAGAGAUUACAGAACAAGCCCGUCAAGCAACUCGAGAUCGAAUCAUAACGCUGCAAUUGAAGACAGAUAUAACUAUUUUGGCGGCGCCGCCACUGAGGAAAAAGAACUGCCCGAAAAUGGUGGGUGGUUGCAACUCUCUAUUGGCCCAUGCAUCGACUAUGAAAAGAAGUCCCAUGUAAAAGCAGGCCGCAGACUAACAGAACUGACACUUUCAUUACAGAGUAUUUCAGUACAUCCAAUCCAGUAGUUCAGUAUGAACCUGCAAAAACAUAAAUUGACAGCAAAAGCACUGUUUGAAAUGAAUUUUUUCCAUCUGAAAUGAGUCGUAAUCUAGGCCUCUGGAUUGAAGGAGACUCAUGUAGCCUCUCGAAUCUAUAGCAUGAAAAUAUUUGAGAAAGAACACAGAUCCUGAAUGCCCACAUCAUUCAAACAGAAUAUGGAUACCCAUUUUUGCAAAAAUGUUUGUGCUUGUACAUGCCCAUUCCGACAGUUGGGAUGAAUCUCCUGCCAGUUUUUUUGUGGAGUGCCAUUAAUCGAAACUUGAGCCUGUGCCCAGAAUGAGCAAACAGAGAAAACUCUGCAAACUGCAACAAAUCAAUGUCGAACCAUUGUCUUAUUCAUGAGGGAAGCAAAGAGGUCAGAUUCAAUCAAUGUCUUCUGUUAAAAUAUGUGUAUUUGGCAGAAAACCAUGGCACAAAACUUUUGCUGCAUGGUCUUGUAUGAUUCAGGGUGGUAUAGAUGAUUCCACCAUAAGUAAAUAGAUCACAAUUUACAAUAUAGUCUUAGCUUUGCA